CAGCAGGGUGCUUCCUGCGGAGGUGCAGAUGCCUUCAGAUGCCUUCAGCCUGCAGAAAUGAUGAACAACCUCCAGCUUCUCUUCAUGUUGCUGAUCCCUGAACAGAUAUCAACAUACCUGCUCCCGUCCCUGGUGGUCGUCCCCAGCCGCUCUCAGUUCUUCGAGUAUGAGAUGGUGUCUCUGAGCUGUGAGCAGACGGGCUCUGCUGAUUGGACGGUGUGGAGGUACUCUGAGUCUGGGUCCGAGCUGUCGCCGUGCCGCUCGGGGUGGGGCGACCUAGGCUCCGCCUCCACCUGCCAGCUGGCCAACGUGAAGCCGUACCACAGCGGCGUGUACUGGUGUGAGUCGGCACUGCGGGACAGCAGCCAGGCCGUCCACGUCCAGGUCACUGAGGGAUCGGUUGUCCUGGACAGUCCAGUCGUCCCGGUGAUGGUGGGUCAGGACGCCACUCUGCGCUGCAGAAGCAGAACGAUGAAGAACAUUACUGCUGAGUUCUUUAAAAACGGCGUCCUGAUGAAGGCAGAGCCCUCAGAUCACAUGAUCAUCCGCCAUGUCUCCAGGUCAGAUGAGGCCGUCUACAAAUGCCGCAUCAGCGGACAGGGAGAGUCUUUAUCCAGCUGGCUGCUGGUCCGUGAUGAUUCCAGUCCGAUGCUGCUCACGGUGUCACCGGACGUGUCGCAGCUGUUUGAGUAUGAUAGCUUAAUCUUAAGCUGUGGCGCUAACAGCAGUGCCAUGGGAUGGACGAUCCGCCGCUUCACCAACGCUCCGCCCAGGAGAUCCGGCACAUGUGGACAGCAGUGGGGGAGCCCCGUGGCAUCCGGCUGCCGGCUAAACGCCGUCAAAAAGCGCGACGGUGCAGUGUACUGGUGCGAAUCCCGCAGCAUGCAGCGCAGCAACUCACUCAACAUCAGCGUGUUCGACUCCUCCGUCAUCCUGCAGAGUCCUGUCCUCCCAGUGAUGGAGGGUGACAACGUCACCCUGACCUGUCGGACCAAGUCCUCCGUCUUCCCGUCGUCUUUCUUCAAAGAUGGCGCCCUCAUCAGUUCUGAGUCCUCAAACCAGCUGACCCUCCACCAGGUGAGCGGCGCCGAUGGGGGCGAGUACAGCUGCUCCAUCACCGGGCAGGGAGAGUCAGCACCGAGCCAGCUGUCAGUCCGAGCCCCUCUUCCAGGUUCCUCUGGAGCUUAUCCGGGUUCUGACCUGACCGUGACCCAGCUGGUGCUGAUGGUGACCCGGUACCUGGUGGUCUGCUCACCUUAUGCAGUGUCCACCGUCCUCCUGGUGUCGCUGUCCAGGCACAAGCCAGCAAGAAGAGAGCAGCCUGUUGCCAUGACAACGCCAUCUCCCAACGAGGAGGACGAGGGAUUGGACCAGCAGUAUGACGACGUCACCACCGAACAUGACUUCUGAUGGGAACUUUCCUUUUUCUCAGACGUGCAAGUGUGUGUGUGUGUGUGUGUGUGUGUGUGUGUGUGUGUGUGUGUGUGUGUGUGUGUGUGUGUGUGUGUGUGGUAUUUUACUCCAGAAAACUUGAACCCUGAAGGAGUUCGUCUCUCUCGGAACAUUCAGAAAUCUUGUUGUGAACCUGGAAUCUGGACCGAAUGGUUCCUGCCCCUGCUUUACAUGACGGCCCCUUUAUUUGACUUUGUUAGUCUCAUCUGUCUGUAUCUGUUUUGGUCUUGUCUGGUUUGUAUUUUUUGUGACCACUGACCUCUCUGCUCUCUUACUUGAAACAGUAUUUUAAGCUGCUCUGUUAAAAAAGAGAUCAUUGUGUCUCAACAUGACUGCCCUGCUUGAAUAAAGUGCAACAACUGCAUGUUUGUGUUUGAA